UAUAACCGUCGGUUGUGUUUGUUUGGGAUUUAUUUCGUAUAUUUCAGCCGUUGCAUGCCGGUGUGUUUGUCUCGGCUAUCAGAAUUCAGAAUUCUGAAGAUCUUGGAAUCUGAUGUUAAAAUCAGUGUCUAACUGCAGCAACACUAUAAUCCCCAAAUCCCAAUUCUUCUUCUUAUUCUCCUUCAGAUUAUCGUCGUCUUCUCCGCGAAGCAAAUAUCACAACUACUAUCUCAGAAAAAGAAGAAAAUGGCCACACCCAGUUUACAAAGCCCGUUGGCACGAGAAACUAAGCCAACAACACGCAAUGCAAGCCCUUCGACAGCAAGCUUCAUCAUCAUCAUCACCGGUUAAUCUCCUCUCGACUCUCAUCAGUUCUUACGCUCUCUACAACUGCGACCCAACUCCAAAUUCUUACCAUUUUGUCAUCAAAACCCUAAUUAAAACCUCUCAAUCCCACUACAUUCCUCCCGUCCUCUACCAACUCGAGAAAGUCGAGAAAUUUGAAACACCCGAAUCGAUUUUUACUGAUUUAAUCGAGUUCCACGGUGAGAACGAAGAGUUUCAGGAAGCAAUUGAUCUUUUCUUUAGAUUACCUGAUUUUAGGUGUACCCCUAGUGUGGAUUCGCUCAAUUGUUUGCUCUCGGUUUUGUGUAAGCGAAAAGAGGGUCUUGAAGUUGUGCCACAGGUUCUGUUAAAGAGUAGGUUAAUGAACAUUCGUCUUGAAGAAUCCAGCUUUUGUAUAUUAAUCAAAGCGCUUUGUAGAUUCAAAAAGCCAAAAAAUGCGAUUAGUUUGUUGUUUCAUAUGGUCGAUCAUGAAAUUGACAUUGAUCGCGGGAGUUUUUCAUUGAUACUCUUGACAUUGUGCCAGCAAAACGAUCUCAAACGUAAUGAAGUUAUCGAUUCGCUUGAAGAAAUGAAGAAAUUAGGGUUUUGCCUCGACAGAGCAGAUUGGGUGAACGUAAUUCGGUUAUUGGUGAAGAGGGGAAACGGCAAGGAAGGUUUGGAGGCGUUGAGUGAAAUGAAAUCCGAUGGCUUUAAGCCUGAUGUUAUUUGCUAUACCAUGGUUAUGGAUGGGUUGAUUUCUGAAAGAGACUAUGAAGGCGCAGAUCAACUGUUCGAUGAAAUGCUUGUAAUGGGCUUGGUUCCUGAUAUUAACACUUGCAAUGUGUACGUGAAUGGUUUGUGUAAACAGAAUAAAUUUGACGAUGGAAUCAUGAUGCUUUCAAGCAUGGAGGAAAUCGGAUGCAAACCCAAUACAAUCACUUACAAUACACUACUGAGUGCGAUCUAUGAGAAUGGAGAACUUAGUAAAGCAAGUGACUUUUUGAAACUUGUGAGAGGAAAGGGUGUUUUUGUGAACUCAAGAACGUAUGAUAUAAUGAUUGAUAGGAUGGUUAAAGAAGACGAUAUGUCAGAAGCUUUAGAUCUCUUGAAGGAGAUGGUGUCCAAAAGCAUGGUGCCUCAGCCUGCAACUUUUGAUGAAAUUGUUUGCAGGUUGUGCAAAAAUGGAUUAUUUUCAAAAGCAAUGAAUUUGCUUACUGAAAUGAUGGGAAAGAAUGUUAUUCCGGGGUGUAGAUCAUGGGAAACACUGUUAGUUGGAUUACAAAUUGAGCAUUCAUUUAAUGAGAUUCAUUUGAGUGCUAUGGAAACAAUUUCUGCAAAAUAGCAACUUCUUGUAUUAUAGCAUCCUACUUUAGUUUCUUUCUAUUACACCUUUGUGUUUUCAAUAUAUUAUCUUGUUAAAGACAUUUUCCUUAACCAAUUAUAUGAUUGUACUUUCAAUUUAAAAA